UCCACAAACACAAAAACAGAGAGCAUAAAAGACAUAUCUGUAAUGGCGGUUAUCAAACCCUAACAAGGUAAAACCUCUCUCUGUGUUUCUCUCCAAACAAAUAGAAAUAUAAAUCAACGUAUACAUAUAAAAAUCGUUCAAUCUAUCACUCUAUUUCUCCACUUACCACUCGAUCACUCUCGAUUUCGAAAAAAAUCGAUUCUAAUCCCUAUCUAUCUCUCGGAACACAGAAUUUUAUGAAAUUUGGUUUUCCAGCAGUUAGUUUAACUAACUGUUGAUUUAUUUGUCUUGAUUUGUUUCAUAGGAUCUGUGAAGAUUCUGGAUCUCCGAGUUAUUGAAACGAAGCAUUAAUCGUGUCUGCAGCAAAUUGUUCGAUUUUUUGGAACAUAGAGUUAUUUAUAGUGAAUUUAGUUGAAUCUAGGGUUUCGAUUUGAUUUGAUUUGUUAUCGAUCUAAUGGAGGUUAAGGUGAGUAGACCUAGGGGUAGACCGAGGAAAAGAAAGAGACCAGAGGAUGAAAAUGUUGUGGUCACGGAUAAGAGACGCGGUUUUGUUGAGGUGAAACCAAUUCCGUUAGUUGGUAGAUAUGUGCUGAAAGAAUUUGCGGGAAAUGGUAUAUAUUUAGGGAAAAUUGUUUAUUAUGAGAGUGGAUUGUAUAGAGUGGAUUAUGAGGAUGGUGAUUGUGAGGAUUUGGAUAGCAGUGAGCUACGUCAGUUCCUUGUAGGUGAAAAAGAUUUUGAUGAUGAACUAAGUAGAAGAAGGGUGAAACUAGAUGAAUGGAUCUUGAAAAGGAGUGUCAAGAAGAAGCAGGAUGAUAUAGAGAAGAAAGAUAGGGAUUUAAAAUGUGAGGUGGACAAGGUAGAAGUUUCUGUUCUGAGUGACGUGAGUGGCAGAUUGAUGGUUGAUGACGAUGAGGAACUAGUUGAAGGUGAUGUGGAUUCGUCAAGUGAUUCGUGUGAGCAUGUGCGUGACAUGGAUGCCAGUUUGGAGGCUGAAGCCCCACAUAUUCCUCCUCUUCAACUGCCACCAUCUUCGGGGACUAUUGGUGUGCCAGAGGAGUAUGUUUCACAACUUUUUUCAGUAUAUGGGUUCUUGAGGUCUUUUGGUAUUCGACUGUUUUUGAGCCCAUUUGGAUUGGAUGAUUUUGUUGGGUCACUAAAUUGUUGUGUUCCAAACACAUUGAUGGAUUCCAUUCAUGUGGCUUUGAUGCGUGUGUUGAAGCGUCAUCUUGAAGCACUCUCUUCUGAUGGCUCAGAGCUUGUAUCAAAUUGCUUCAGGUGCAUGGAUUGGAGCUUGCUUGAUACAUUGACUUGGCCUGUUUAUGUAGUCCAGUAUCUCACCUUAAUGGGAUACACAAAAGGACCUGAGUGGAAAGGAUUCUACAACGAUGCUUUAGAGAGGGAGUAUUAUUCCUUAUCUACAGGAAGGAAGUUGAUGAUUUUACAAAUCUUGUGUGACGAUGCAUUAGAUUGUGGAGAAAUACGAGCUGAAAUUGACAUGCGUGAAGAAUCAGAAGUUGGGAUAGACCCUGAUGCAGUUGUAACUAAUGCUCCAGAAAAUGGACCCAGAAGGGUCCAUCCUAGGUAUUCCAAAACUUCAGCUUGCAAGGGUAGAGAGGCUGUGGAGAUCAUUGCAGGAAGCAAUGAGACAAAGUCUGCUUGUAAAGCAGGGGACGUCGAUGCUCCUGACGAUGAUGUGGAUGGGAAUGGUGAUGAAUGCUGCAUUUGUGGCAUGGAUGGAACUUUGCUUUGCUGUGAUGGUUGCCCGUCGGCAUACCAUACAAGAUGUAUAGGUGUUGCCAAAAUGUAUAUACCAGAAGGCUCAUGGUAUUGCCCGGAGUGCACAAUAAAUAAGACGGGUCUGAUUAUCACUAUGGGAACAUCACUUAGAGGAGCAGAAGUUUUUGGCAUUGAUUCAUAUGAGCAAGUCUUCUUGGGUACAUGCAAUCACUUAAUGGUGCUCAGUACAUCCAAUAACACUGAACCAUAUUUUAGAUACUACAAUCCCUUUGACAUCCCAAUGGUCCUGCAAGUGCUUUUAUCAUCUGCACAACAUAUAUCAUCGUACUCAGGAAUAUGCAAGGCAAUUCUACAGUAUUGGGGCAUCCCAGAAGGUGUCAUUGAUCCCAUGGGAGUGAUAAAGGCAGAUGAAAAGUUUUGUAGUCUAUCACCUCAUCCUCCUGUCAAGGAAAGCUGUGGAGUUACAGAUAUGGUUGAAGCUGAGAAUGCAUGUAGUAACAAUGGAAGUAAUUUAGAUAAUGUGGCAGUUUCAAGUUUAGGUACUUCUGUGGACACAAUGACCCAACCCAACCUUCCUGUUGGUCAGAGCAAUAGUUUAACUGUAACAGAAAAAACAAAUAUGAAGCUACAUGGACAUAUUAAGAUGGAGUCUGCCAUGUCUACUGGUUCGAUCACCCAGCAAGCUGAACCAUCUGAUCUAACCUACCAAAGCUUGGUCGACAGGUCAAGUGCAAUAGACUUUAUGACGUGCACCUCACGAAUCAGUAAUGAGAGUUAUAACAGGCAUGAAAGCUCAUGCUUACCGGCAAAUAUGUUCUUCCAAAGCAAGGAAGGAAAUUAUGCAGGUUUUUUAAGAGGUGGAAGAAACUCUGCUGGUAAUUGUGCUUACAUGGGAUCCAAUUUCAAACCCCAGGCAUAUAUAAACCAAUAUAUGCAUGGAGACUUUGCUGCAGCUGCUGCAGCUAAAUUGGCUGUUCUUUCAUCUGAGGAAAGCCAGGUUUCAGAGGCACUCAAAUCAGGAAAUGCCAGAAAAGUUAUCUCUGGUAGCAUUUUAAUGCAAGCAAAAGCAUUCUCGUCAACAGCCUCACGCUUUUUCUGGCCAUGUCCGGAAAAGAAGCUUUGGGAGGUUCCUAGGGAGAGGUGUAGUUGGUGUUAUUCUUGUAAAGCCCCAGCUUCAAGCAGGAGAGGAUGCAUGUUGAAUUCAGCUAUCACAAUUGCCACUAAAGGUGCUAUGAAGUUUUUUAAUGGUCUUCAUCCCCCGAAGAUUGGGGAGGGGAGUCUUCCUACUAUUGCAGCAUACAUAUUAUACAUGGAGGAGAGCUUAUGUGGUCUUAUGAAGGGCUCCUUUGUGAGUUCAAGUUAUAGAAAUAGAUGGCGUAAACAAGUUCAAGAAGCUUCUACAUUCAAUUUGUUAAAAGGCCUCUUACUUGAACUUGAGGAAAACAUCUGCCUUAUCGCUCUUUCUGGGGACUGGAUUAAGUUGAUGGAUGAUUGGCUGGUGGACUCUACCAUGAUUCAAAGUGCUUCAUGCAAUGUUGGAACAACAAGGAAACGUGGACCCAGUCGGAAGCGAGGUCGGAAACAAUCUGGUGUAUCAGAAGAUACAGCUGAUGAUUCCAAUGACCAAAGUUUCAGCUGGUGGCAAGGGGGGAAGUCAGCAGAUGUUAUAUUCCAGAAAGCAAUUUUGCCACGUUCAAUGGUUAGAAAUGCAGCUCGCCGAGGUGGUGUGAGAAAAUUUUCCAAUGUUAAUUAUGGUGAUGGUUCUGAGUUUCCUAAAAGAAGCAGGCAGUUGUUUUGGAGAGCUGCAGUGGAAAGGAGUAAGACUGCUUCGCAGCUUGCACUUCAGGUUAGAUAUGUGGACCUUCAUGUUAGAUGGAGCGAUCUUGUCCGUCCCGACCAGAAUCUCCAGGAUGGAAAGGGUCCAGAGACAGAAGCUUCUGCUUUCCGAAAUGCAAUUAUUUGCGAUAAGAAAAUUGUGGAAAACAAGAUCAGAUAUGGAGUUGUUUUUGGGAAUCAAAAGCAUCUUCCUUCACGUGUUAUGAAGAAUAUCAUUGAAAUAGAGCAAAAUCAAAAUGGAAAGGAGAAGUAUUGGUUUCCUGAAACUCGCAUUCCCUUAUAUCUGAUCAAAGAGUAUGAAGAAAGCAAGGAUAAGGUUAUUUUUCCAUCAGCAAAGAAGCCGUCAGAUGAAUUGUCUGAGUUGCAGAAAAAGCAGUUGAAAGCUUCCCGAAAAGACAUGUUUUCCUAUCUUGUCUGUAAGAGGGAUAAGCUGGAGAAGUGUGCUUGUGCUUCAUGUCAUCUGGAUGUUUUACUUGGGAAUGCGGUCAAGUGCAGUGCAUGCCAAGGUUAUUGUCAUGAGGGUUGUACUUUAAGUUCAAUGUACAUGAAUGGUGAAGUGGAGCCCUUGAUCACCUGCAACCAGUGUUAUCAUGUCAAAUUUCUUGCCCCGAGUCUAGUUCGCAGUGAGUCUCCAACUAGUCCCUUGCCCUUGCAACGGCAAGAAUAUCAAACUGCUAUGACGGUCACUAAAGCAACACGACCUAAUGCUUUUAGCCAACCUUUAGCAUGUGUUAAAACUGAGGAGAGUGUUACUGAUGUUAAGCAAACUACUUCUAAUUCUAAUUUGGCAACGAAAACCCGAAGUAGAACAUUGUCUUGGGGAAUCAUAUGGAAGAAAAAGAACAUUGAAGAUAAAGGUGCUGAUUUCAGGCGUGCAAACAUUCUCCUAAGGGGUAGCUCAGAUGUACAAGGUUUAGGGCCUGUUUGUGAUCUGUGUCAACUGCCGUACAACUCUGAUCUGAUGUAUAUUCACUGUGAAACUUGCGAAAGGUGGUUUCAUGCUGAAGCUGUUGAACUUGAGGAGUCAAAGCUUUCUGAUGUAGUAGGUUUCAAGUGUUGCAAAUGUCGUAGGAUUGGUGGACCUGAGUGUCCCUACAUGGAUCCUGAACUCAAGGAAAAAAAGCGCAAGAACCGUCGCUUGAGGGCUCAAAAGCAGGGACAAGGCGCUAUGAAGAUGGAAUCUGAGUUUGGCACCCCUUCUGAAUCUAAGGAGUGUAAACCCACUACUCCAAUGUAUCCCAUGGAGGAAGUAUUUGUACCAAACACUGAUCCUCUCCUUUUCUCUCUUUCAAAAGUUGAGCUUAUCAAAGAGCCCAAUUCAGAAGUGGGUUUUGGAUGGAAUGCUGCUGGGCCAGGGCCGCAAAAACUUCCAGUCAGAAGGCAUGUGAAAUGCGAAGAGGAUGUUGAUGGUAGUUCUAUUGGGAAUUAUCUUUCUCAAGCUGAAUUAUCUAUGCAUUUUGAAUCAAAUAACGUCAUGAACCCAGAGGAACCUUCAGUUCCGUGUGUGGGAUGGGAUACUUCUGCCAAUGGCCUUGAAGGAGAGAUGCUGUUUGACCUUGGAGGUCUUAGCUAUGAAGAUAUGGAGUUCGAACCCCAAACCUACUUUUCUUUUUCAGAGUUGCUAGCAACAGAUGAGGGUGGUACUUUGGAUGGAACUGAUACCUCUGGGGUUGUGCCUGGAAACCAGGAAGAUAUUUCUUUUUCAAUUUCACAGGAUAUACUCCCAGAACAUGGAAUGGGUACAUCUAAUGAUAAACAUUCAAAUUCAACUGUUGGUACAAUGCAUUGUCGAAUUUGUUCAGAUAUGACAGAAUCCCCUGAUCUCUCAUGCAAGGUUUGUGGGUUUUUGAUACAUCGCCGUUGUUCUCCUUGGGAUGAGUCCUGUCACACAGAAGGAAGUUGGAGAUGUGGGAAUUGUCGAGAGUGGCGAUAGCUGACUCCUUGUUUUUUAAA